AAUCCGAACACGAGCACACGACUCACCCAUAUACACUCGACUAUACGUAUAUACGUAUAGCCACUGCACCGCCGAGGAGUUUUCGCGGUUCUCGGUGGUUAGUUGAGCGUUUGGUGGCACUGCGAGCGGACAGAGAGCGUUUGUGGAAAAGCAGAAAAACAGAAAACCAGAAAGGCAGAAAAGCGGAAAAGCUGGCCACUGCGACAAAGGUUAAACAGCAGCAACAACAACAUACAAAACGACAACAAAGGGAAAACGCAUCUAAGCUGGAGGAGAGUUUCGAAAAAAAAACACAAGCCCAGACCAACGCACUUUGGGUUUCUUUGUUACAAACUUUUUUAACAUUGAAGCACUUCGAAAUCAACCAAAAAAAAAGAGACUCGAAUUAGUGCGCAAUAGUUAACAGUAGAAACAAAAAUACAACGAAACGUGCGCAAUAAUUUGUUUAAAAUCAAUGAAGACUGCAACUGCGCAAAACUGAAAAAUUGCAUCAUAGCCAGCACACAGAACGUACGGGCUAGGAAAAAUUCGUAUGAGCUUGGAAAAGUGGAAAAUCAAUAGGGGGGUUCAAAAUAAGAAAAAACCCCAUCUAAACAUAUAGGGGGGGAGAGACUAUCCAAAACUAUCCCAUAUAAACUAUACCCCUCCAAGAGAAGUGCAUUUCGCCAUGCCUUCGCUGCUGGAGGCGCUGGAGCGCAAGUAUUUCGCAGAAUGCGAAUUCGAGAAUGCCCACCAACCGGAACUCCACAAGCGGAGUGACCUGCCCAAUGACUUUACGGUCACCAAGUGCGGCGGACGCAUGGAGUUCUCCAUCUUCAUACCCCGCCUAUCGCCCCUGACCAGUGUGCCCGCUUUGUUGGUCCUCAAUGACUGCGACAUCGAUUCGGCCGGGGACUUCGAGAGCAUCCGGGAGAAGUGCCAGCGGGUUAGGGAACUGGAUCUGGCCCAGAACAAGCUGAGCGACUGGUCGGAGGUCUUCAGCAUUCUGGAGCACAUGCCGCGCAUCGAGUUCCUCAACCUGAGCAAGAACCAGCUGGCCAGUCCGAUUAGCACUUUGCCCACGGCCCCCACGAUUAAUCUGAAGAGCCUGGUGCUGAAUGGCACCUACCUGGACUGGGCCUGUGUGGACACACUGUUGAAGCACCUGCCCGUGCUGCAGGAACUGCAUCUCAGUUUGAACAACUACAGGCAGGUGCUGAUCGAUGCCGAGGAGGCGGAACAGCGGCUGCAGCAGAAGGAAACGCCCGAGGAGACGGAGCGGCGUAUAACCAAGGCCCAUCCCGCCCUCAAGACCCUGCACUUCACCGGUAAUCCCGUCGAGCAUUGGCAGGAGAUCUGUCGCCUGGGCCGGUUGUUCCCCAAUCUGGAGGCCCUGGUCCUGGCCGAUUGUCCCAUACGAACGCUGCAGGCCGAGGAGAGCGGCGAGACCCACAAGUACUUCCCCAGUCUGAGGCUACUGAAUCUCAGUUCCGCCCAACUGGACAGCUGGACGGCCAUCGAUCAGUUGGCCAAGUUUGGACAGCUCCGGAAUCUCCGCGUGAAGCACUGGCCCCUGUGGGAGAGUCUGGAGUGCACGGAGCACGAGAGGAGGCAGCUGCUCAUAGCCCGACUGCCCAAUGUGGAGAUGCUCAAUGGCGGGGGCAAGAUUACCAACGAUGAGCGUGUGGAUUCCGAGAGGGCCUUUGUGCGUUACUAUAUGGACAAGCCGGAAGAUGAGAGACCCGAGCGCUACGAGGAGCUCCAGCAGAUCCAUGGCAAGCUGGAUCCCCUGGUCAAUGUGAGCCUGAAGCCGGACAAGCGGGUCAAGGUACUGUUCACCUACAACGAUGUGAGCGACAGUCGGUUUGUGGAUAUCUAUCUGACCGUCAAUGAUCUGAAGGUGAAGCUGGAGAAACUAGUUAGCCUGGCGCCCAACAAGAUGCGGCUCUACUAUCUGGAUCAGGACUACAAGGAGUUCGGACCCGAGGAGAUGCGGUUCCCCAACAAGCAGUUGUACAGCUAUAACAUCCAGUCGGGCGACGAGAUCAUCAUCGAUGCCAAGAAGUGAGACGGGCUAAGGCCCCGUAAUCCUUCCGGAACUGGAGAGGAUUAGCAUUGCCCCCGAGCGGCGCUUCGUGUUCCCCCCGCCUGGUGCUACAAUUUGUGAUCUUGUACGCGAUUCAUCUAUACUUAACGUACUCUACUGCUACUGUUAAUGCUGUUCUGUUCUCCCCAGCCAACCACUUUGUAAAUACGUUCUUGAGAAACGGCCAAGCGAACAUUAUUGCGCACCCACAUCGUAUAUUUUAAUUACUGCCUAACCUAAGCCACACACACAAAAACACAAAACUAUAAAAUACAAAAUACAAUACAAAAGAAAACAAAAAACAAGCAAGAAUGCAUUAAACAAUUUUAAAAUUGACCGACUAUCUUCGUUUUAUGGUGAUGGGCAGCACUUUCCGUUGGGGAUCGCUGGAAGAUAAGAUAUGAGUCAUGAAGCGGAAUCAAAACAACGCAACACAAGCGCAUUUCCACCGAUCGUGGAUAGUGUGGAGCUUUCGCGAUCUAUAUGUCGAUAACGACUUCAGCACAAUUAUCUCGCCGAAGCUUUGAAAAGUUUCCCGAAGAAAAGAAACCUGAGAACUGGCUCUCCAGCUUCCCACAUAUAAUUAGCAGAGUAAUAACAAUCUCUGAUGGUUAUAUGUCCAUUUAGCAUACCUAUGUGCAGGGCACAAGUACUUUGGCCAUUUAAGAAAUUAUUUAUAAAUAUCCAGAAUUCUUAAAAUUACCUACUUAUGUGUUUUCAAAAAUCUUGUUCAUAUUUUCAUAAGAUGAAUAUUAUACCAAUAUUAUUGUAAUAUACACUUAAAUAAAAUAUACAUUUAUUCUUUUACAUAAAUUUAAUAAACAUUUAAUUUUAAAUAUAUAGUAUUUAAGACAUUAGGUCUCUUUUGUUUAUAUGGAGUUAUAAGAAAGGACAAAUGAUAAUUUAAAGUUAUUUUUUAAAUGUUUGCAAAUAUAUUUACAUCAUAAGUUUGGGAGUGAGUUCCCAGGAAUUAUUAUCUCUUUAAAUUUUGUGUUCGAUAAGUAUAAGUUUAUUAGGUUAUUAUAAUAAAGUUAUCUUAAAGGGGAAAUAAAAAUAUGAAAACCACCUGUAGCUGUAUUUAUCUACAUACGCACAUGACUAUAAAAUGUAUGUGCUUCAUUUGUAGGGGAAACUACUCGUUCUGGUUAGAGAAAUCACGAUAAUUAGCGUGCCUAU